AUGGGUUUUGAAAGGAAGGUUUAUGGUUGGAUUGUGAUAACCAUUUGUAUGGUGAUUUGUCUUAAUCCAUGCAUCUGUUUGGAAGAAACUAAUGAAGGGAGUUGCAAUAUAUACGAAGGAAGUUGGGUUUAUGAUGAAUCUUACCCUCUCUAUGAUUCAUCAAAAUGUCCUCAAGUUCGUUUUCAAUACGAUUGCUUGAAAUAUGGCAGAACUGAUAAAGAAUAUCUCAAAUACAGAUGGCAACCAAGCAAUUGUAACUUACCAAGAUUUGAUGGAAAAAGUUUCUUAACGAAAUUCAAGGGAAAACAAAUAAUGUUUGUUGGAGAUUCAAUUAGUGUGAACCAAUGGCAAUCAUUAUUAUGUUUGCUUCAUUCUACUGUACCUGAUGCUCAUGUAAUAAGAGGAGGUCGGAAACCCAUCACAAAUCACACAUUUCAGGAGUAUGGAGUUUCAAUUGUCGUCUAUCAUACGACAUAUUUAGUUGAUAUUGAAGUGGAAACAAUUGGUAGAGUAUUGAAACUUGAUUCUCUCAAGAGUGGAAAUAUAUGGAAAGAAAUGGAUGUUUUGGUUUUCAACACUUGGCUUUGGUGGUACCGCACUGGACCCAGACAACCAUGGGAUUAUAUUCAAAUAGGUAACGAAACAGUGAAAGAUAUGGACAGAAUGGAAGCUUUUAGAACUGGUUUGACAACCUGGGCUAAGUGGGUUGAUAGAGAAGUUGAUGCAACCAAAACUAAAGUUCUUUUUCAAGGAAUUUCUCCUAUGCACUACCAGGGGGAAGAAUGGAAUGAGCCCGGAGUAACAAAUUGUGCAAAAGAGACAACACCAAUAAAUGGAUCAUCAUCAACACGUGGGUUACCAAAAGCAUCAUAUGUAUUAGAAAGUGUUUUGAAGAAAAUAAAGAAGCCGGUUCAUCUUUUCAACAUUACAGCUCUCUCAGAAUUGAGAAAAGAUGGCCAUCCUAGCUCUCAUAAUAGCUUUCAUGACAUGGAUUGUACUCAUUGGUGUGUAGCUGGGGUACCAGAUACUUGGAAUGAGCUUAUGCUUAAAUCAAUUAUAAAUUAG